AUGCAGCGGAGCGCAGCCUUCGCCGCCAGCGCCCCCCCGCCGGCGGCGGCGGGCGCCGCGGGGCCCCGCCGCGGCCCCGGCGCCUGGCGCGCCUGCGCGGCGGCCUGCGCGGGCAGGGGCAGGCUGGACGAGGCCGAGCUGAUCGAGCGGUCUCGCCACGUGCUGGUCGCGUACGCGUUCCGGCCCCGCGAGGGGCACGACCUCGCCGCGGCCGCCGUGCGCUUCGCUGCCGAGGCCUCCACCGGCACGAGCGGCGCGACGGAGGAUCAGGACGGAUGCUGGGAGAGUUUCGCCGAGUCGCUCAACGCCCUGGUGUACCACGUCGACCCUGCCGCCGAGGAGAUUCGGAUCGCGUUUAACGUGGCGGUGUUCGAUCGCAACAUCACCGACGGCCGCGCCUCCGCCUCGUCGCUGCUCUCGAUCGUCACGGGCGCCGCCGCGGAGCUUCCCGAGGUGGAGCUCUGCGAGGUGCGCGACAUCUUCCUGCCGCAGGGCUUCCUUCGCCUUUUCGACGGCCCUGCGCUCGGCUUGACGCACCUGCUGCGAAGCCUACGUCGCCCACCUCGCCUGGGAUCCGACGGCGGCGGCCUCGUGCUGGGUGCCACGCUGCGGCCCCAGCUGGGGCUUCUGCCUGGCGAGUGCGGCCAGGCGUGCGCGGAGAAGUGGAGAGAUGGUUUCGACUACGUCCACCUGGGCCCCCUGCAGCGGAACCAGGUCUCGGCGCCACUGGACCGCGUGAUACCCGAGGUCGUGUCUGCGAUGCGGAGCUGCCUCGCGGCGGCGGGGACGCCGAAGCUCUUCGCCGCCAACGUCACGGCGGACGACCCCGCGGAGAGCGCGGCCCGGGCCCGGCUCGUGCUGCGGGAGUUCGGCCCCCUGGCUCCUAACUGUGCGCUGCUGGUGGACUGCGCGCCGGAGGGCCUGCCGGUGCUGGCCGCGCUGCGGCGCGGCUUCCCCGGGCAGCCGCUGCACGCGCUGCUUCCCCGGGCGGGGUCCAGCAGGCCCUCCCGCGGCUACUCGCCGCUGGUGCACGCGAAGGUGGCGCGACUCCUCGGGGCGAGCGUGGUGGAGGCUCCCGCGUCCGCGUGGGGCCCCGGCUGCGCCACCGCCGGAGCUCUGCUGGAGGAGGCUCCCACGGUCCCGCUGAAGCGGUGCACGGGGCGCCUGCCAGGCCGAAGCCUGGAAGGCCAGCUUCCAGAGUGGUCCGUGCUGCGGGUGGGCGUCGGGGCCGCGCGCGUAGAGGGCUCGGCCGGGGCGCGAGCUGGGCUGCCUCAGGGCGACCUCGGGCCCUGGUUGGGCAUUGUUUCAAUCUUCUCCCAUGAGGACCUGCUCGCGCAGGCCGGCGACGCCGGCGGGGGCUGCGACACGGCGCUCUCCGAGCUCUACGCCGCCGCCGUGGGGGUGCAGCAGCAGGUGACGGACGUGUGCUGCUCCACCUGCGUCGGGGCUUUCGCGGCCGUGCCCCUGGAGGUGGACUCGGAGUCCGCCUUGAGCGACGCGCUGUCCAACAAGAAGGUGGACUACGACAUCACCCUGACCUCCAGCAUCGAGGUCAGCAAGCCGCUGUGGGUGGCCGGCAAGAAGCGCCUGGCGGGGGCCCCGGGCGUGGAGCUCUCGGGGGGCGCGGCGAAGACCGUGGCCAACGUCGCCGACGGCGCGGCGCUGGAGCUCCGCGGCCUCACUGUGCGGGACGCGGCCGGGGCCGCCGUGUGCGUCAACCACGGCGGGGACUUGAUCGCCCAGGGCGUGACGUUCCGGGGCAACGCCAACCUCCACGGCCGCAGGCUGGAGGAACAGAAUAGACGGUUGAGCAGCUUCGCCAGCGGCUGCUCCGGGAAGCCGACGGGCGUGCAUUCCCUCGAGCUACCGAGCGGCGAGGUGAUCGACGUCCUCUGCGACGGAGACACCGAUGGCGGCGGCUGGAUGCUGCUCUUGUCGCAGGUGGAUGUCAUCGAGCAGUUCAAUUGCACCACCGUGCCCACCCUGCACGGCUGCCCCGGGAUGCCCGGCUCGACCGAGGACGUGGACUACCCGGGCUCCGCUAGCCCCUUCGCGCACGACCUCGCCGCCGGGAGCCCCUCCGACGCGGCUGCGUACGCGCGCAAUUGGACGCACACGGGCUUGGAUCCGCAGAUCGGCGACGAGUUUUUGCUGAAGCGCGGGAGCACUGGCGAUUGGGUGCGCUUCGUGCAGCUCGGGCCCUGGUGCGGCUGGGACCAGACGCGCAACUGCAUGCCGUGGGUCGACCGCGACACACAGCACGGCUUCUACACCAUGGGCACGGUCUACGACCAGGACGGCACGGAGUUCACCCAGGGUGGCGCCAGCGGGACCGAGAGGUUCAAGUAUUUCAACUCCUGCACCAAGGCAGGAGGCUGCAUGCGUGAGGGCACGGACGGCGUCGGAUUUGGCGUGCUGGAGUCUCACUUGCGAGCCACGGAUGGCAAUGGAGGCUUUGGGGGUACGUGGGGUCCGCCCUGUCUGAGAUGGAAUAGCGACGCGUGCGACGAUGGAGACAGGCUGCCGUACACGUAUUGGUUCCGGAGCGGGACUGGCGAAGUGACAGAGACACCGUCUUGGAUGAUGCCCUGCACCACUGGCGGAGGUGCCAUCGCAGCGGAGGGAGAUAACAGCAUCCUUGUUCUCGACAGCCUCUUCAUCGACAACACCGCAGAGAUCGGCGGGGCGGUCCACCUCAAGGCCUCAGAAGCGGGUGACUACUUUACGAAGCCAUCCACGUUCGCCUGGUUUAUCAACGUCAACAUAUCAUGGAACAGUGCGUCUUACGACGGCGGCGGUAUCUCCGUCGCGGGCACCAGCAACAACCGCCAGGUCUACGUGGACAUCUCCGACUCGGUGGUGGACAGCAACAGUGCAGGGCUCGCCACGGAGAACAGAGGAGGCGGCAUCUCCGUCAGCAAGGCUUUCCUGAGGAUGUGGAACACCACGUUGUCGAACAACGUUGCCGAUAUUGGGGGUGGCGCAUCCUUCCGCAAGGCCAACGUGGAGGCCAGCCGCUGCACAGUCUCUGGAAACGUGGCAGUGACACGGCGGGGCUUCGCGGCCGGUCUGUCCAUCGAGGACUCCUCGACGGUGGAAUUGGAGGGCGUCUUCUUCGAUUCCAACGCUGCUGACCCGUCCAGUGGGGACCCAGCGAUGGUAGGCAUAGAUAUCUACCUAGGCGACGGCUCGCUCCAGUGCGGGUCUGUGUGCGAGCCAGGCACCUACGAGACCAACUUGACCACUGCCGACUGCGCCGACGCCUACUACAGCGCUUGUCCGGAGCCAUGCGGCAGCGCCUCUCCGGACCCCUCCACGUGCACGCCUUGUGGACCGGGCUCUUUCAACCCCGCAGCCGGCGCGCUCGGCCCAAGCGAUUGCGUCUCCUGCCCCGCGGGGAAGAGUUCCGCCACCCGCGGCCUCGCGUCCGCGAGCGGCUGCCUGUCUUGCGAGGCGGGCCUCUACGCGGAGGCCGGCGCCGCCGCUUGCGCCCCGUGCGCUGCCGGGCGCAGCGCUGUGGCGCUGGGCAGCGAAAGCUGCGUGGACUGCCCGCCAGGCCGCUAUGCUGGCACCCAGGGGCGCGGCGAGUGCAAGGUGUGCGACAUAGGGUCCUACUCGGCACAGCCUGGGGCCACUUCCUGCUCAUCCUGCCCCGCUGGAAGGAGCACGUUCUCGCCGCUGAGCGACUCGCGGGAGGCUUGUCUGUGCGGAGCCGGCUGGCUGCUGUUGGGUGACGGCUCUUGCGCGGAGUGCUCCGCUAUCGGUGCCACCUGCCCCGGUGGUGUGGAGCAGACGGAGGUGCGCGCUCCGCCCGGCUUCUUCCUGCUCGCCGGGGAGACGGAGCAGGGCGCCGCUGGGCGUGCGGGAGCCCAUGCGCGCGCACCCGAGCCGUACCGGUGCGCGUCGACCGCCGACUGCCCAGGUUCCAUGCAGCCCAACGAGUGCCCACCAGGUCACACUGGGCUCGUGUGCGCCGAGUGUGCGGUCGGCUUUUCGCGAGAGAACGGGGAGUGCGCGCCCUGCAGCGAGAGCGGAGUCCAAGGGGGAGUGGCCAUGGUGGCGGGUGCCAUCCUGUUCCUGAGCGGCUGCGGGGCGUUCCUGUGGGUUGGCCGGAAUCCGUACCAGAUUCACCUUAGGCUGGUGGACGCGUUGACAGCCAGUGGCGGCAUCAUGAUCACCUACUUGCAGCUUCACAACAUCUUAGAGGCGCUCGCAGUGGCGUGGCCAGACUCCAUGAGGGCGUCCGUCUUCGAGGUGUCCAGGCUUGCAGCGCUCGACGAAGGCCACUUGUCGCUGGAUUGUUAUUGGAAGCCAUCCCCUGUCGCGCGAUUUCUGCCAAAGUUGGUGAUGGUGCCUGCAGCGGUGCUGGUUACAAGUGGACUGUUCUGCAUAAGCCGGGCGAUUCCGCCACUCAGAAGGCGUUUGCGCUCCAUCGAUUGCUUGUACAGCGCCUGGGGGUUCAUAGGGAGCCUUGCAUUCGUUCCCCUCGCAACUCACACUUCCAACGCCGUGAAUUGCUACUCCCACCCAGGGGGCAAGGCCUCGUCCAUGCGCGCGAUUCCGUCGCUCCUUUGUUUCGAGUCUGAGUGGAACAGCACCAUUUUACCCGCCGCCGCCAUCAGCUUUGUGCUCUUCGUCUUGGGCACAUACUCUGCGUUUGUGUACCUCACGAUCAAGAGCCCAAGCUUCCCUUGGGCCGAGACCCGCCUCGGUUUCCUCGUGGGCCGUUUCCGGCCAGAUGUGUACUUCUGGGGCGUGCCUCUCUUGACGCGUAAUCUGAUAUUGACGUUAGCACCUGUCUUUGCCCCAGACAAGCCUUUCGUGGGCGCCAUACUGAUCGUCAUCACAUGCCUCUGCUACCAGUCAGCUGUACUGUAUCUGAGCCCGUGGAAGUACUAUGGCCACACACUAGCAGAUGCUAUCACUACCGGCGCUUUCGCUGUGACUGUUGUUGCCGGCAUCGCGUUCUCGGACGCCCCCACGUACCCGAUCGACAGCGCGAGGAUGGUCUCAAGUCUGAGCCCGCUGCUCGCGCUUGCCCAGGAGACCACCUAUCCCGAGCCCCACACGCCACCUGGCGAUUCAAAGCCGAUUUGGAGGCCAGCUGCCCUUCUGUCUGACCAUGUCCGAGCACAGUGUAUGACUACCACCACCAAGAUCGAGAAUAAUCUACGAUACGAUUUGGUGCAAUUUUGCUCUGGUGAAAUGCCCGCAGUCCUCCUCCCGCCGCCAACGCCAACCGGGCUGGCCCCCUCUCUCUAAGGUUCGGAACAGACUUCAUCAAAGUUCGCGCGGUGGUGGUGUAUGAAUUUUGAUUACCAAGAGGAGCGAUUCUUACACACCACCACCAAGAAGUGUUGUUUCUGCUUCAGGAGCUCCCCAUGCCACGGCGCCUGCGAACUGCGCCGCGCUCCUUUUCACUGUGGCGUCGCAGCGUCGUCUGGCAUGACCCUGCCCCUAACCCUUUUUGCGAUCAAUUACUGUUGCGGGCGGUGGUGGUGUAUGAAAAUUGGCCUCGCACCAUGGAGAUUCGGGGCCUUGGGCGGGCUGUCCAAUCUGAAACCAACUCUGAGCGGACUGGGGAGAGGGGGGGAUCGAUCGGUCAGGUCCGUGUCCAGCUGGCCGCGCGAAGGGCCAGGGGCCGAGGAGCGAUUCAGCAGGCCCGCAAUCCCUCGUAAGCGCUCCCCCUCAUAAAACCGAAUCACCCCUUCCACUGCAACUCAAUGGUCUGGACGUCCCUUGAAAGGAGGGGGCCCUGCUAUUCCGGACCCCUUUUGCGAAAUUGCAUGUGUAAUUCACGGUGUCGGCCGCGUUGGUGAAAGCGAUGGCAAAGGAUGGCAUUGCGUGGUGAUGAUGACUCUCAAAGCGGUGGCCACGAAAACGAAUCUGCAUGCGAACAUCUGCACCAAUUUGAGCAGAUGAAAGAGCAUGCGAAGGCACCCUACUAAACCGGAC